ACAUAUUGACCUCAUAUCACAAUUCACAUCGCAAUCCAUCAGCGAUCAUGUAUAUCUCCAUGUUCGGUGUACCAGGACAGAGGGGACGGCCUCAUUUUCUUCUUCUUCGUACAUAGAUAUACCUCUGUAAGACUGUAACACAGUUUGAAUCAGACCAGUGUGAUUGAUCUUUGAGGUUGAAACAAUGGCAAGCCAUCAUCACGAGGUUGUGCUUCUGGACGCAACGCUGAGUGCGUUUUCGAUGAGGGCUAGGAUAGCUCUAGCUGAGAAAGGCAUAGAGUAUGAGAAAAAAGAACAAGAUUUGGUUAAUAAGAGUCCUGAGCUUCUGCAGAUGAACCCUAUUCACAAGAAGGUUCCAGUUUUGGUUCAUAAUGGGAAGCCUGUUUGUGAGUCUCUGAUAAUUGUUCAGUACAUUGAUGAGGUCUGGAAGGACAAGGGGAAUCCAUUGUUGCCUUCUGAUCCUUAUACCAGAUCUCAGGCUAGGUUCUGGGCUGAUUUUGCUGAUAAGAAGGUGGUUGACGUGGUGACUAAGGUAUGGACAAAGAAAGGGGAAGAGUUUGAGAUAGCAAAGAAGGACUUCAUAUCAACCUUCAAGCAACUAGAAGAAGAGCUUGGAGACAAGCCUUAUUUUGGAGGUGAAAACUUUGGGUAUGUUGAUCUUUCUCUCAUCCCUUUCUACUGCUGGUUUUAUGCCUAUGAAACUGUUGGCAGCUUCAAAACAGAGGAUCAUUGCCCUAAGUUCAUUGAAUGGGCAACAAGGUGCAUGCAAAGAGAGACUGUGGCUAAGUCUCUUCCUGAUCCCAAGCAAGUCUAUGAAUUUGUUCUGAUCGUAAGGAAGAAGCUUGGUGUAGACUAAAUAAAUGAGGCAGAGAAGGGUUUGUUGUUCUGUGAAAGGAUUUUCCAUGUUGGGUUUGAACUAGUGACCUUGAGUUGGUCAGUGGUUGUGCUAAACUAUUUAAAAACUAGCACAUUGGACACUUGGGGGUGUCUUUGGAAAGUGCUGUAUAUAUUUCACUGUCAUUUCACUAACAAUUAAUGAAGCUUAAGGAUGGUAAAUCUAUUA